CAAAGAUGCUCAGUACCAUAAACGCCGAAGAAAUCGGAAUGUUGCAAAUAGCACACCAAACCAAAGCAAGUCAGUCAGUAGCUGAAGGAAAAGGACUUGAAGAAGCAAUUGCUAAUCGUCAAGCACACUUUUCUUUGACCACAAGGAACUCUAAAGGAAGACAGUGCUACAAUGAAGAUGACCAUGUAACGGUGGAGAUCAUUGACGAACAAGGACGCGAAUGCGCAACGGAAUUGGAAAUAAUUGACAAUGAGGAUGGACUCUAUAAAAUCAGUUACUCUCCCAGAAAUGAAGGAAGAUAUAAAGUGGCGAUAAAGGUAAACGAGGUAUAUGGGCACGGUAGUCAAUUUAUUGUCCGCGCUAAACCAUUUCAGUUAAAACCUGUUUCAGCUUUUGGAGAGCAGGGUUCGUCGGUUGGAAAGUUUUCUUGUCCUUGGGGGGUUGCCGUGAACGCUAACGACGAGAUCGCUGUAACUGAUCAAUUCAACAACAGAGUUCAAAUUUUCAGUAGUGAAGGAAAUUUUUUAAGAUCAUUUGGUAAGAAGGGUGACAUGGUCGGAGAAUUCAACAUUCCUCGGGGAAUAACAUUUCAUAAUAAUGGCAAUAUUUUUGUAAAAGACAGUUUAAAUCAUAGAAUUCAGAUUUUUAGCGGAGAGGGUAAGUUCGUGGGAAGUUUUGGUGGGGAAGGAGACCUUGAUAGUCAGCUUGAUAAUUCCUUCGGUCUGUCUGUAGACAGUGAGGGGAAUAUAAUUGUUGCAGACGCAGGUAACAAACUGAUCAAGAUAUUUUCUCCAGAUGGCAAGUUUCUGAUGAAGAUAGGUGAAGAGGGCUCUUUUACUCUUCCUAUGCACUGUAUUCAGUAUGAUAGAUAUCUCAUAGUGUCAGACCAUAGUGAUCAUUGUAUCAAAGUUUUUGACAGGAAGGGUAAGUUUCAGUACAAGUUUGGAGAGAGGGGAGCUGGGGACGGGGAGUUUUCUUUUCCAGAAUGUUUGUCAGUGAACAAGUCAGGACAAGUUAUGGUCUGUGACUCAGGCAAUUGUAGAAUACAAGUCUUUGAACUAAAUGGAAAGUUUGUUGGUAAGUUUGGAACACAAGGUAAAAAUUUAGGAGAAUUCACUUAUCCAAGUGCACUAGCCGUUCUCAGUACAGGGAGAGUUGUUGUUGCCGAUGCUUGUAACAAUCGCAUUCAGAUAAUUGAGUAGUCCAUGUUCGCUCUGGUUUGACUUAUUUUGAGCAGAGUGAAAUUCAACCUCUUUCGACAUAAAUUAAUUGAGUUUUAUGUAAAAUUAAGAAAUGAAUAGAAAUAAAGCAAAAGGAAAGAAAUAAAAAGAAACUCUUUAGAGCACAUAUUCGUUAACUUUUGGCAGAGUGGUAGGACUGAAAAAAGGUUAAUCAAAUCCAAUAUGUACACCUGUGAAGCAUUCCGAUGGAAGCGUAUUGCUACUGAGAAUGUUAUGUUUACAGAACUUUUAAUAUACAUUUGGUAUUCAUUAUUUUCACAAAUGAGAGGUAGUGGUUAUUCAUUAUGAUUUGGUUCAUGUACAAUCAUAACAAAAAAUUACAGUCACUUCUUAUGUUGAACAAAACUUUGUAAUUUUUUAAAUGGAAUAAAGAUUUGAAAAUCUGUGGGCAAAUUCUUUCUAAAUAAAAUAAACAAAACAUGUAAGUUGUAGAAAGGUUAUUCCAGAGAACUUAAAGCCCUUUUUAGUCGUGUAUUUUGUAAGUGUCAUGUCAUGAUCUUACAAAUAACAAGGGUACUAAGAUUUCUGUAUAUAGUAAGUAUUUUAGGCAAAGAUGAUUUUUGAAUAAGAGAUUUAGGUGUUGACUGAAUCAAACUAAUAUGUUGCAGUCAAACAGAAAAUACAUUGCACUUGAUAAACCAAGGGCUGUAUUAGCAUGUGAAGAGCAGCCAAGUCAUUGGUUAAUUUUUUUAUAUGGACAGUUCAGAGAAAAUGUGGAUGGCUUUCAAUUUUUUACCCAAAAACAGAACCUUAUCUACAAACAUUGUCAUUAGCUAUCAGCUGAGAAUAGAUAUAACUUAAGAAAGGAUUAGCCUGCCAUUUCAAAAUGGAAAUCAUUAUCAUUAUUUUGUACUUUGAAAUGUAAGCAGAAUUCUUAGGAUUGAACAUAUUCAGAAGAGUUUAUAUGGUAAUGAUCUCAGAACCCACAUAAUGCUUACAUUCAUAUAUAAAACUAAAAUGAGGGGCUUGGAAAUUGGAGGCCUGGCCAUAAGACUGUUUUAAGUACAGCGGAUUCAUUUGAAUUUAUCUAGUUUUGUAGUAAAUAAGAAGUACUGCACUUGUAAAUAAGUAGCAUUAAUAAACACUUAUUGAACUGAGUUUGUAUAAUACCAUAUCUUCUAAAAAAAAUAAAGUGUGUCACUCAACUGUUUGACCUUUUGUAUUUAAUGAAGUUUUCAUCAUCAUUA